AUGCUUUCAAAAGAAAACGAAGUUCUGUCGGCUUUCAAUCUUCUGUGCAGUACUCCUAGUGGUAUCAUUCAGACUCAUCGUGAGCUGGCAACCAAAACGAUACGGCAUAUUGUGAAGAUUCUUGACACUUCAGCGAAUAUCGAUACUGUUAUCAAUGCUUUUGAACGCGGCAUUGCCCGUUCACCACCAGAGUCCAUUGCUGAUGCUGAAACGAGCCACCUGUCUUCAGCAACAAAUCGUUCAUCACAGCAUAUUGAGGCUGAGAACCCGUUAAGUCUCCUGUGUCCCAUCAUUACCUCUUCUAUCAAACCCGGUCACGAUAUUUCUCGGAAGCGAAAGAGAGAGACAGUCGAAAAAAGCCAUUCCGUCCAACUUUUUCAGAAAUUGAAAGAACGGCGCUCUGAUAUUUUAAAGUUCUCAAAGCAAAAAGUAUCCUUGUCCGAGAUCUUACAUGACGAGCAAGAAACUCAAUAUCGAGAUAAGAGAGUCGACCAUCUGAAGCAGGUGGAUGGCAACAAAACUCCAAACAAUGAGCAGAAGCUUUUGAAAGGUCUGAGUCAGAUUUCACUUGCUAAACAAUUCACCGCGUGGGAGCGCAAAUGGGGAUGGAGGCCCAAGAUCGACGAACUAUAUGACAAGCUUCAACAAGCUUCCACAAAUGCCAAAUACCAAGAUAUCGGAAACAAUCGUUCCGGCAAGAUAGCCCGGUAUAUCAGAGAAUAUGGCUAUCCAGAAUCAGAUCACAACGUGCUGAAAAAAGGAAUCAGCAGGGGUGUAAAUCAAUUGUUAUUCGAAAGACUCACGAAUGACGCCUUGAAGGAUCAAGAUGGUCACGCAGCUGUCGAGGGGGUAGUCGCGAUGGUCACAAUAUUUGAAUACGGCCAAUUUCAAAGCUUGAAACCCGCAGAUUUGCCACAAUUUGUUGCACUUCUGGUGGGGGAAAAAGAAAGAGUCUUCGAGGAUGCAGCCAAGGACAUCUCGGUGUGGUUCGAGCACAUAAGUUCUGACUUCCAAUUGAUUUCGCGAAAUCCAGGAAGAUCUAUGCAGGAGGUUCAAGUUCAAAACAAUCUCACGCAUCCUAUUGUGACGGCUAGAGAGGCAGACACCUUUGCCUCUACCCAGAAUAACCCUAGUUCCUCAGAAGCCCAUGCACAAGGCUUCCAAUCUCAUGGCUCAGUCUUUCCAAUAAUGAGCCCUCACGAACUUUCUUCAUUCUCAACCAUUCCUCAAAAUGUCCACGAUACCCGAAAGCAACAUGAAAAUGUCCCGUUUUCUACGGUCCGGUUCGAGGAGCCAAGCUCCGUAUCAGAUCAAAGCACAGCUACUCACGAAUUGGCUGAAUUUUCCACGAUUCCAAAUCAUAUUAUACACAAUUACACUGGACUUUCAUUUCCAGAUAUUAUUCCCCACGAGCUGGCUUCGAUUUCCACAAACCCGGUCACGACCACAUCCAAUUCUUUGUUUGGAUCGGCACCACAUUCAGGGUUUCAAUUUGAUAUACAGAAUACGCUUUCUCAACUCCCUUUGGAUUCAAAUACCACGCGCAUGAUCUAG